UCUGUCCCCCGUGUCUGCCUCCAAAAGAAAAAACAGCCUGGUUUCCCGAGCGCAGGCCGCAACCACCCUUCUCCCCGUAAAACCCAAAGCCAACGCAGGCGAGGCCAAGAACCAACCGAGCACCGCGCGCAACUGCGCACACGCCCACACAUAGCUAGCUACCAGCACAACUCGAGCAAUGCAGCCUCCGCUCCACUCCGUCGCUUCCCACCCCGCGCCGCAUGGACGCGAGCAGCAGCACUAGCGCGGAGCGAGAGCGAGCACGGCGAGCGGGCGGCGGGGUGCCAUGGACCUGAUGGGCGGGGUGGUGAUGGACGCGGGCGGCGGCGGCGCCGCGGAGCUCGGCCUGCUCGGAGGCGGCGGAUCUAGCAGCAGGCUGCUCAAGCACGGGCGGGGCAAUGCGGCGGCGGGAGGAGAGGACCACGGCUGGGGCGGCGGCGUUGGCGGCGGCAGGGCCAAGCAGGCCAGGACGGCUACAGCGUCCGUCGUCGCUGGGGACGUGGUGGAGGCGGCCAAGGCGGCGGCGGCGCCGUUCCUGCUGGGCUCCUGCAGCCCCGGCCACGGCGGCGAGCAGAUGCUCAGCUUCUCGUCCGCCACCGCCGCCGCGUCCUCGUGCGCCUCCACCGCCGCGGUUGCAGCGGCUGUGGCGGCUGAUGGUGGGGCGAUGCCGCUGUACUACGGAACCCCGGCCUCUUGCUCAGGAUUGAGCUCGGUGAGCUUGAGCACCAGCAUGCAGGGGGCAAUGGCCCGGGUGAGGGGUCCCUUCACGCCGUCCCAGUGGAUCGAGCUGGAGCACCAGGCCCUGAUCUACAAGUACCUGGCUGCGAACAGCCCCAUACCUCACAGCCUCCUCAUCCCCAUCAGGAGGAGCCUCGCAUCGUCUCCCUACCCGCCUUCCUACUUCGGCACGAGCACAUUGGGGUGGGGCUCUUUCCAGCUGGGCUACUCCGGCAAUGCGGAUCUGGAGCCCGGGCGGUGCCGCCGGACGGACGGCAAGAAAUGGCGGUGCUCCAGGGACGCGGUCGCCGACCAGAAGUACUGCGAGCGACACAUGAACCGGGGACGCCAUCGUUCAAGAAAGCAUGUGGAAGGCCAGCCUGGCCAUGCCGCGAAAGCCAUGUCCGCGGUGGUGGCGGCUGCUGCUACCCAGCCUGCUGCUCUGGCCGGCGCCGGAGCUACUGCUGCUGGCCUCACUGUCAAUCAGCACCAGCAGCCGGCGAAGAGCUAUGCCACGGGUGCGGCUGAUCCUUGCUCUCUGCAAUAUAACAGGGAACUGGUGAACAAACAGAAUGAGAGUGAAAACAUGCAGGACUCUGACAAUCUCUCGAUGCUGACUUCCAUGACUACAGGAAACACAGGCAGCGUGUUUCCAUUCUCCAAACAAAAUAAUCCUUUUGAAGUGACCAGCUCAAGGCCAGAGUUUGGCCUUGUUUCAUCAGACUCACUGAUGAGCUCUCCACAUAGUUCCUUGGAGAAUGUGAAUCUGCUCAGCUCACAGAGUCUGAAUGAACACCAGAGUUCAGCCACCCUGCAGCACUUUGUGGACUGGCCCAGGACACCUGCCCAGGGAGGUCUUUCAUGGCCCGAGGCAGAAGACAUGCAAGCUCAGAGAUCACAGCUCUCAAUAUCUGCUCCAAUGGCAUCCUCUGAGCUAUCAUCGGCCUCCACAUCUCCCAUCCAUGAGAAGCUGAUGCUAUCACCUCUUAAGCUGAGCCGCGAGUAUAGUCCAACUGGUCUCAGCAUUGCAGCAAACAGAGAUGAAGUUAGCCAGUUAGAAGCAACCUGGGCGACAAUGUUCCGCGAUUCUUCAAUGGGCGGUCCGUUAGGGGAGGUUUUGAACAAGAACGGCAAUGUGGAAGCAAAAAACUGCCUGUCGGCACCUCUGAACCUUCUAACCGACUACUGGGAUUCAAGCCACGGGAUGGAGUCAUCCCCUGUGGGAGUUUUGCAGAAGACCACCUUCGGAUCAGUCUCCAGCAGCACUGGGAGCAGCCCUAGGAUUGAGAACCACGGCGCUUACGAUGGUAUCAGCAACCUGCGGGAUGAUCUCGGCUCAAUUGUAGUAAGCCAUCCGAGUAUCCGCUUUGUGUGAGCUUCUUGAGUUCUGACCAUGAAAACCUGCAACAAGACGGCGGCCAUAGAAGAGGGACAUAUGGCUAUGGUAAUCCUCAAAGCGUGAGGGAGCAUUUACCUCGUAGUUUGUCAUUUGAGACUGAUCUCCUGUUUUUGUCACUUCAGUUCUUCUUUCUUUUGUUUCCUUGUAACUUGGCUUUGUAACUUUCACCUUCCUUGGAUCGUGAAAAGCGCUGUGUUGUGUGGUGUGGAUGGAUUUUGGUGCGCCGUUGAUGCAUAAUCAUCUGAUAAAAGCCAGUAUCCGAUCAUAGUCGUCUGUUGAGGAUUAAUGCGAGUAUCGCCUGUUGUUCAUA